CAGCAAGUCAAUCAUAUCAUAUACCAACGUCUAAAAAUGGUGAAGAUUGCCUUUGGUUCCAUUGGUGACUCUUUGAGUGCUGGUUCAAUCAAGACUUAUUUGGCUGAGUUUAUUGCCACACUUCUUUUUGUGUUUGCCGGUGUCGGAUCAGCCAUUGCUUAUGGUAAACUCACAUCAGAUGCAGCAUUAAACCCGGCUGGGCUAGUCGCAAUAGCAAUAGCCCAUGCUCUUGCAUUGUUUGUUGGGGUUUCAAUGGCAGCCAACGUCUCAGGUGGUCAUUUGAAUCCAGCCGUCACCUUCGGAUUGGCGAUUGGCGGCCACAUCACCAUCAUAAGUGGUCUAUUUUACUGGAUCGCCCAAUGUCUUGGUUCCAUCGUUGCAUGCUUUCUUCUUCAGUUUGUUACCGGUGGCUUGGCCGUCCCAACACACGGAGUUGCUGAUGGCAUGACUGGUCUUCAAGGAGUCGUCUUUGAGAUCAUCAUUACCUUUGCUCUAGUCUACACCGUUUAUGCUACCGCAGCUGACCCUAAAAAGGGCUCACUCGGAACCAUUGCGCCAAUCGCAAUUGGAUUCAUUGUUGGAGCCAACAUUUUGGCUGCUGGGCCUUUUAGCGGUGGAUCAAUGAACCCAGCUCGAUCAUUUGGGCCAGCUGUUGUUAGUGGUGACUUCUCCCAAAACUGGAUUUACUGGGUCGGUCCGUUGAUUGGUGGUGGGUUGGCUGGACUCAUCUAUGGUGACGUUUUCAUUGGAUCAUACGAGGCACUUCCAGCCGCCGAAGACUAUGCUUAAGAAUUUCCUUCUUGUUUUACUUUGUUAUCAAUUGGUAUUUCAUGAUUUUCAUUAAUGGUCGAGGGUAUAACAUCCUUCAUUAUCAAGGGUAUGGUAAGUUAAGAUUUACCACAAAUCCUAUGUAUACUAAACCCUCCUUAAUGUUGGAGUCGUACUUUUUUUUCUUGUUUCUUCCUUUAAACAAAUGUCAAGUUUGCAAAUUUGAAAUGUGAAUGAGAAGAAGUGUUCAUAUAAUCAAGUACUCAACUUGUAUAUU